UAUUCCGAUGGCCGUCAGGUAGAAAGAAACGCGAAGCUUUUGAUCUUUCUCUCUCAGGUCUUCGCCCUAAGACUUGGAGUCGAGUCGACUCAGCGGAGCUGUGUUGGUUUCAAAACCUCUGUGUAUCUCUCGGUCAGGAUCUUCAUAAUGGCUUGCUUGCGUGGCAUAUCGAAGAGAGUGAACCUCUUACAGAGACGAGUUUAUCCAUCGUGUGGUCAUCUGAUUGGUGAUGAUAAAGAUGAAACUAGAUCCGCUUCUCCAAAUCCGGAUACAAUGAUUCGUAAAGCAAAUAACGGGGCUAACAAGCUUAGCUCUAUGUUUACGGAGAGGCAUUACCAGUCAUUUUAUGGGCCGUUGGGUCUUGGAUUGUCUUCGUGUCGGUAUAUGAGUUCUACACCACCGGAAUGGUCUGAUAAAGUUGAUGGUAUCGACUUUGUGGCGGCUACGGAAGUUGUUCCCGAUCAAAUCAUCGAAUCUGUGACGACAAGCCAAGCUGUUCCUGCUAUAAACGAGGUUGCUAUUGCAGCUGCGGACUCUGUUUUUCCUGUUGCUGCUUUGCAGCAUUUGAUCGAUGGUGUGCAUUCAUUUACUGGCCUGAACUGGUGGGCUUCGAUAGCUUUGACAACUGUGAUCAUUCGUGGGGUUACAGUUCCCAUUCUUUUGAAUCAACUAAAGGCUACUUACAAACUCAAUGCUCUGAGGCCACAACUGGAGGAGUUAAGACAAGAGAUGAGCACUAAGGCUUCGGAUCCUGAAGCCAUGGCAGAAGGUCAAAGACGGAUGCAAUUAUUGUUUAAACAGCAUGGAGUAACUCCAUUUACUCCCCUCAAAGGACUUAUUAUUCAAGGUCCCAUCUUCAUCAGCUUUUUCUUUGCGAUCAGGAAUAUGGCCGAGAAAGUUCCAUCAUUUAAAACUGGUGGAACACUUUGGUUUACUGAUCUCACCUCUGCAGAUACUACAUAUAUCUUGCCACUUCUAACCGCAGUGACUUUCUUGAUUAUGGUGGAGUCCAACAUGCAAGAAGGUGUGGAAGGAAAUCCAGUAGCUGGAACGAUGAAGAAAUUCUCAAGAAUCAUUGCCUUUCUCUCUAUUCCAGUUUUGAUAGGCAUUGAAAAGGCAUUGUUCUGUUACUGGCUCACUUCCAACCUGUUUACUCUUGGGUAUGGAUUAGCAAUAAGACGACCUGAUGUGAGGAAGCUCUUGAAUCUCCCAGAUGUUAUCAUCUCUUCGACUAGGCAGCCAUCACCGGCUUCGCCUAUGCCAUUUUCCUUUACGCAGCCAAAAGACCAAAGCGAUGUUCAAGAAAAUCCUCCUAUGCCCUCCUCUGAGUCAUCAUCUUCAAGUGCUCCAGGUAGAAGAAUCUCACGGAGUUCAGUUCUGAAUCAGAGAAUCAGAACACUGGAGAGACAACUCAAGGACCGAAAGAAGAAGAAUUGAGAGAGAUUCUUUUAUGUUAAAGUUGUUUUGCUAGAAAAAAACUAGCUGAGAUACUGUACAAGGGAUCAAGAAUCCUAACGGCAUCGUUUUAACUAAUAAGAUAUUUUGCCU